GACAAAGCCGCACACAGCUGCUUUCUUUCCACAGUGUUCGAGAGUGCACGAUCCGGAGCGGACCUCGGGUGUCUUGCUGCUGGAAUAAAUAACCUGUGAAGGACUUCUUAUACAGACUGAGAAUAUUCAGUUUGUUACUUCUUGUUGCGACCACUUAGGCGGUGAUCACAAGUGUUAUUUCGCAGAAAACAAAAACUUGAAAUUCCUUAACGUCCCUACCGAAGAGAGAGCGAGAGAGAAAAACGGGUUUAAUGUGUUUUAUGUGCUUACGGUCAACAGUGAGGUAGACUGACUCGGGCACAUUUCACAGAGUGUCGGCGUGUUAUUUAUCCAGUGGAUGCGGCUGCCGGGGUCGAUGUCUGAGCCCUGCAGGAUCAGCCUGUCAUAGGGCAUCAUGAUUUCUUUGGUUCUUCACAAGUGGAUGAGGAAUAUCUCUCCUAAGAUGCUGCUGGUGGCGGUGGUGAUGCCAGUAUUGUGGUUUUUACCUCUGGCUGGAGCGGCUCCCUCUCUGACUACCGAGCAGCUGGACAUGGGGGUGGACUGGCUGAGUAAGUUUGGGUACCUCCCGCCACCCGAUCCCGUGACUGGCCAGCUUCAGACCAAGGAGGCCCUGACCAAGGCUAUCAAAGCCAUGCAGAAGUUUGGAGGGCUAAAAGAGACUGGAGUGUUGGACCAAGCCACCCUGGGCCUAAUGAAAACACCCAGAUGUUCUCUCCCAGAUGUGUCUGAAGCUGAGGGCACAAUGGGGCGCAGGAAACGAAGCCUGACUCCUCAGAAUAAAUGGAAUAAGAGACAUUUGUCCUGGAGAGUGCGGACUUUCCCUAAGGAUUCUGCCUUAUUGGGCAGGGACACUGUUCGAGCCCUCAUGUACUACGCCUUGAAGGUCUGGAGCGACAUUGCACCACUUAACUUCCAUGAGGUGGCUGGAAGUAAUGCAGACAUUCAGAUCGACUUCACUAAGGCUGACCACAACGAUGGAUACCCCUUUGAUGGGCCGGGGGGCACAGUGGCACAUGCAUUUUUCCCUGGAGAGAGGUUUACGGCUGGAGAUACGCACUUUGAUGAUGACGAAGCCUGGACCUUCAGAUCUCCAGACUCUCACGGCAUGGAUCUGUUUGCAGUCGCAGUCCAUGAGUUUGGUCAUGCCAUCGGUCUGGUACACACCUCUGCAAUGGAGUCCAUCAUGAGACCAUACUACCAGGGCCCUGUUGGAGACCCUCUAAAAUAUGAUCUACCCUAUGAAGACAAAGUCAGAGUUUGGCAGCUUUACGGUGUUAGAGACUCAGUGUCCCACACAAAUCAACCAGGCAGUUCGUCUCAGACAGCCGAGCCUCCUGUCCUGCUAGAUCUUCCUGAAAACAGGUCCACGGUCAUGCUGGCACGAGAUACCCCAGACAGAUGCACCAGUCACUUUGAUGCAGUGGCCCAGAUACGAGGAGAGGCCUUCUUUUUCAAAGGGAAGUACUUCUGGCGACUAACAAGAGAGAAGCACCUGGUGUCUCUGCGUCCUGCUCAGAUCCAUCGCUUCUGGCGGGGCCUCCCAACCAAUCUGGAUAGCGUGGACGCAGUAUACGAGAGGCCUGGGGACCACAAAAUUGUGUUUUUUAAAGGUUUAAAAUACUGGGUAUUUAAAGACAAUAUUGUGGAGGAAGGUUACCCUCGUCCCAUCAGUGACUUUGGCCUACCGUUGGAGGGUGUGGACGCUGCCUUUGUUUGGCUACACAACGACAAAACCUACUUCUUUAAGGACAACCGCUAUUGGCGCUACGAUGACCACCUGAGACGAAUGGACCUGGGCUACCCUAAGGACAGCAACCUCUGGAAAGGGCUGCCAUCACAACUUGAUGAUGCCAUGAGGUGGUCUGAUGGCUCGUCCUAUUUCUUUAAGGGGAAGGAGUACUGGCGAGUGCCAGGCAGCGACAUGGAGGUGGAGGCAGGAUACCCCCGCCUCAUCGCAACGGACUGGCUCCUGUGCACAGAGAUGCAGUCGGACUCUCCGGACACACAGCCCAAAAGCACAGAGACGAGAGUCAACGUGCACCGCCACCCAGACCACGCAGAGAAUGGAUACGAGGUGUGCUCCUGCACCUCUGACACCGCCUCGCCUUUAGGCGCCCGCCCAUCCCCGUCCCCCGUUUGGCUGUUGCCGCCUCUCUGGACGCUCUCACUGGCUCUCCGCUUUGAACUGCUAUGAUGCUAAAGCAUGGGACAAAGGGCCAGUGAACAAACCAACAACUGGAAAAUAUUCUUCUUAUAUAAUUUAGUAUCUUUUUGCUCUAAAUUUGCUGUUAUUUAUUUACCAUGACUUUCAAGGGGCAAUGCCAUCAAGCAGUCAUUCUUAUGGGCAUCACCCAGCUUUAAGUGCUUUACAAGCUGUUUUCAUACAUGCACAAGUGAAGAAGUGAGGAGAUUCAUCCGGUGCAUUGUCAUAAUUUUUCUUCAUGCAGCAAACAGAUACUUCAGGUACUCUGCUUUUGGAAAGGGAGCAGGACACAUAAAGCCCACUAACUGUAAUCCACUGGUCAGUUACAUGUACUAUUCUCACAUGCACCUAAUCAGACAUCGCAUGGACUUUGUUUUAGUGAGCUGGCUGGGUACAGACUGUUUAUUGUCUGAUCCAUGUGAAAUGCUUGUGCUCGGUUCAGGGCCACAGUGCAUGUGUGAAAACAGCUUCAGCAAAUGAUUAACGGACAAAUCUCUGCAAAGGAAAAAAUGUAAGUGAAUAGAAGUGUUUUCUAAGUUUACAGCAGCAAAUCAUCACAUGACAAACAUACUAAGUUUAUUUUGACUUGAAGGCAAGUGCAAAGGAAUACACCCAUUAUAAAAAGGAGCACUGAUCCAUUAUCAGCCCAAAAUUUGUUUUAAAUAACCUAAACCAUGUUUUCUUUUUAUAUUCAAACUCAGAUUAUAACCAGCUAUGUACAUGGAUUGAUUUUGGUAACUUUAUUGUCCCCAAUGGAAAUUGAUUUGCUGUCUGUCCAUACACAGAGACAAAAACAAACAUCACACACACAGAUUUUAGUACCACAAUACAUUUUCUAUGCCAAAAAUAAUGUUGGUGUUGCUCUGACCAACCCACAGAACUCACAGUGAUUUUCUGGUGUUAAAAAUUAGUUCCAGUUUGCAACAAGACCUGUAAAUUAUUCAGAAUAACAGGAACAAUUUCUGAAAAGAUACACUACUGUUGAAUUUGCAAGUAAUUCAGAGUCAUUUUUCUGCGUGGUGUUCACGAGCACUACUGCUUUCCAUUCAUCUCUAUUUUACUCAAACUGGAGAGAUAAAACCAAAACUACCUGCAAGGCAGCAUAGCACCAGAGGUAAACAUGAUAUUUUUUUUUUAUUUGUGGAACCAACCUUUUAAUAAACCCCACUGCGUGCACACACACGAACAUCCCGCCUGUGCUCUCGUGUGCUUGCAACGAGCAUCAAUGUUUGAAUGCUCCUACUCCUGCUGUGAGAGGUAGACGGAUGCAUGGAUGAGUAGGUGGACGGACCAGUUUCCAUGCCUGAAUCAUCGGACUAAGUGAGGAACAGCUGCUCAUUUUCACCUCUGGGUUAUAAGCAUUCCUUCCACUCAGUUUAGUUGUAUCUAGUAUUGAAAUCAGUUUAUAAUUCAGUAUCUUUUACAUUGCUUUAAUCAGCUCAUAGAGUUCAAAAAGUCUUUUUUUUGUGACUGACAGUUCCCUGUAUCGCCCCUGAAUUUAUUCUUGCUGUAAAGAUAUAUUUACCUAUAGACUGAUAUAUUUGAGUUGAAGGGUUCUGCAGCUGUUGCAUCACUAAGUGGACUGUGUAUAUUUUAAG